AUGGAGAGAGGCAUCCAGCGUGUACAGUGCAGACGACUGCCAGGAAAAGGGGACUUCUCCACGGGAGGGGCUCAUGAAGUCACUGAGGACCAAUGGGGAGCCCGGAGCGGGGCCUGGGGCGGGGCUUGGCCCUGGCGGCGGGCGCGGAUUGGCGCGCUGCGGAUCUCCCUGCUGCCUUACAAGGCGGUGCGAGGCGAGCUAUUUUUAGAGGGCUAUAUAAGGGGGCUGAGGCGGCCGCCGGGCGGCCGGGGAGCGCGAGCGCAAGGGACGGGGAGGGUCGCGGCGACACUCGCGCCAGCUCCCGGGACGCCAGGGCGGAUGGGCUCGGGUUGGUCGCCGGCCUCCGACCCUCGACUAGGUGCCUGGCGGAGCCCGGUGCGUCCGGAGCCCGCGCCCCUCAGAGGGGUCGCGCGUCGCCGCGGCGGCGCUGAGGCUGGCGGUCGGGAGGUGAAAGUCCGGAUUGCGGGGUCAGGACGCCUCCUGGAGGGGGCGCGGCGCAGGGGGCCGCGGGAAAGCCGCCGAGGGCGCGGAGCGGGAAAGGAGGACACUGGCCACCUCGCCUCCGCCUGGGCACGGGGCAAGGGGGACCCACGCGUGGCGGUGGCGGGGAGGUCCUCACGUACUCAAAAACAAGCAGAAAAGGCAUCCAGGGCCCGUUCCCGAACUCCCCACAGACUGGCAGGGUGCAGAGAAGCGCCUGAGGAGGAAGUGCCACACAAUGGGCGAGAACAAAGGGGAGCGGAGCGAGACUGCGGCCUGCGCCCGCCCCCUGCUUGCGCACAGUCCCCGCCCCGCCCCGCGGGCGCCGCCGCCGCCGCCCUCCCGCGCCACCUUCUGACCCCGAGCUGGAGACCCGGUCUGGAGUCCGGCGGCUAG